UUACAGCCUGCCAUGAACAUAACUCUAAUGUCAGACAACUAUCAAGGCUGCAAGUGAAACAUGGAGAUUACCUUUAUUUUGCUCAACAUAAGGUGACAUUUAACAAACAUCAUCAUGCUUAGGUUUGGUAAUACCUUACUUACUUCAUAGCACACAAUCCAAAAAAGAAGCCCAUGUGAUAAAAAAAAAAGACCAAAAACACAUCCUGGCCUCUUGUCACCUAUAGUUUCCCGCGGCACCCUCUUCCUAUAAAAAGACCAGUCUAGUCGCAUCAAGUCAUUAGCUCAAGUAAUCCGCCUUUCUCACGAUACGAUCACACACUGAAGCACUAAAGACUAAACCAGCUUCAGCACAGACUCACGGAGCUCGAUGAGGCCUCUGUGCUGAGUUACUGGGUGUUGCUGUCAUUCUCACAGUACAAUGAUCGGUCUGAUAGACAUCCUGCAGUUCUUGACCUGAUCCUGUUGGACUGUUGGAGGAUGAAACAGAGCAAAUGGCUGUUUGAACAUUAAUUGAAACUGCAAGCCAAACAACUUGGGAGCUGGUGACUGGAUUGAAGAGGUGACCACGAACAGUCAUGGGAUGUGGUGUCUCAAAGUCCAACCAGUUCCACAAAAACUCUGGAAAAGCUAUUAAAUCUGCCGUCCUGAUUCAGCGAUGGUACCGUCAGUUUGUCGCCCGCAAAGAGAUGCGGCGGAGAUACACCUGGCACAUCUUCCAGUCCAUCGAAUACUCUGGAGAACAGGCUCAGAUAAAGCUUUAUAACUUCCUCGGCUACCUGAUGGACAAUUUCACACCUGCAAGCAAUGAACGGAAUUUGAUCUCGCACAUCUUCAGAGAGAAUGAGGUCUGUCGGGAUGCAGAGUGGGAGAGGUACUUCUGCUACAAGAACAUUGAGGUGCCAGAUCUUUACUCUGGACCCCACCUCACCUUCCCUCUGACGGUGGAGCAGGCGGUGGGGCUGGUGGAGGCCUUCAGGAACAAGAAGCAGCUGCACUCGCGCUACGUCCUCCAGCUCCUGCUUGAAACGUGGAAACAGCUUCGGCUGUUGCCAAAUAUCAACCGUAUCUCCACCUGCCACAGCAAAGAAAUCACUAUUUGUGGAGAUUUGCAUGGACAACUGGAAGACCUGCUGCUGAUUUUCUACAAGAAUGACAUGCCGUCCUUGGAGAAGCCGUAUCUGUUUAACGGAGACUUUGUAGACCGCGGCAAAGACUCCAUAGAGAUCCUCAUCAUCCUGUUUUCAUUCCUGCUCGUCUAUCCAAGUGAAGUGUACCUCAACAGAGGAAACCACGAGGACCACAUAGUCAACCUGAGGUACGGCUUCACAAAGGAGGUGUUGUCUAAAUACAGGAUGCACGGCAAACGGAUCCUGAAGCUGCUGCAGAAGAUUUUCAGCUGGUUGCCGUUAGCGACUGUAAUAGACCAGAAGGUGCUGGUUAUCCACGGAGGGAUCUCCAACACCACCGACCUCAACGUCCUCGCCAGAGUGGACAGACACAAUUACAACUCAGCGCUGAGGCCUCCGAAGAAGAGACACCCGAGCGUAGCGGGGGUGCCCAUCAACUCGGACAUGGACGAGGAGGCGGGGUCCACCAACAAGGUGUUCCAGCGCAGACCCUCCCUCACGUUUCCCAGAACUCUGACCAAAGACGGCUUCCAGAACCGCUCGCUGCAGGACUUCUCCGAACUGCUCAGAGUGAACACGGUGGAGGGGGUGGAGAUCCACAAGAGGCUCCCGGGCCCUUUAGGACCAGAAAAUGACACGUCUCAGUCCUGCGAGUCUAUCAGCAGCGAAGACGAGUGGAAACAGAUCCUGGACUUGCUGUGGAGCGACCCCAUGGCUCGGGACGGCUGCGUGCCCAACGAGGUGCGGGGCGGGGGCUGCUACUGGGGCCCCGACGUCACUGAAGACUUCCUGAACAGACACAACCUGCAGCUCAUCAUCCGCUCGCACGAGUGCAAACAGGAAGGUUACGAGUUCUGCCACAACCGUAAGGUCCUCACACUGUUCUCCGCUUCAAACUACUACGAUGUGGGAAGCAACAGGGGGGCCUACGUGAAGUUGGGUCCAGACCUUGUGCCUUAUUUAGUUCAGUACCAGGCCAGCAGCAUGAUCAGAGAGCUCAGCGUGAGACAAAGUGCGGGGCGGAGCGAGCGCUCAGCCAACAAAGUCCUGCGGGAGCAGCUGUUUGCACAUAAAUCUGACCUGAUCUGUGCCUUCAAAAAGUUGGACAGUGAAAACAUAGGUCGUGUCAGUCUGGCCGACUGGGCGUCUGCGGUGGAGAGUGUGAUGCGCCUCGGCCUGCCCUGGAGGAUAAUGUGCUCUCAACUGGUCCCCGGUCGCUCUGCCGACAGCUCCAUCGACUACUACGAGUGGUUCAACGAGCUCGCCAUCAAAGGAGCCAACGCGGACCAUAUUGACCAGAGUCUGCUUGAGACUUUGUAUCGCCACCGCUCCACCUUGGAGACCAUCUUCAGAAUCGUAGACACGGACAACUCAGGCUUCAUCACCAUGGAGGACUUCCGGCAGACCUGGAAGCUGCUGAGCGUCUACCUGAAGAUGGAGAUCACGGAGGAAGCCAUCUCGGACCUGGCCGUCACCAUCGACAGCAACCAGGACGGCAGCAUCGACAUCGAGGAGUUCAUGGAGGCCUUCCGCCUCACGGACAAGAAGAGCCGUCUGGAGCGAGGACGCAGCAUGUUCAUGGGGACGGCCACCGACCUCACCAAGCUGGAGGGAGAUCCCAACAUCUGAGCAGAGGGAAACACUGAAAACUGACCUCAGCUCAGAUUCCUCACCGGGUAGCGGGGGGAGGGGAGACCGGGGAGAUAAAGCCAAGCUGCUUCUAUGACGCACAUUGAGACGUAGGAUGCUGCCGAGCAACAGCCGUGUUGAUCACAUGGGAUUAAGGCGAGGCUAGAGUUCAGGGUAUUUGACAGCAAAUGUCCACUUGACAUUUCAGUGCAGUUUUAAGGUGAAACCAACACUUUAUUUUAUUAAGAUAUAAUCACACAAAAAGUGUUGCAUAGACCACAAACACAAAAACAAAAGAACAUCACAUUUAGGCUGAAUUGUUAAAAAAUAAAAUAAUAUUAGAUUCUGCAUUUAUUAGCCAUAUCUGUCAUUAUUUUUAUCAAAAGACUUUAAAAGUGAAAAGAAUACUGCAACUGACUCGCCAAUUUUUAUUUAAUUUUCUUAAAUCAAAUCCCAUAUAUAAUCAGUAAUGAAUGUUUUUCUAGAUUUUCUAGAUCUGAGUUGAUUUCAUGAUUUCUUUGUCUGACCAGAAAACCUAAAACUCCUAAAAGCAUUACAUUUAAUAUUGUUAGGCCGACUAAAAUAAAUCAAAUUUGACACCCCUAAACAACAGAAUGUUUGGAUACAACCUAAAAAAUUGCUCAAAUGAUUAAUCAAUUGUCAAAAUAGAUGUACAUUAUUUUCAAAAUCUUUUAAACUAAUUAUUGCAGCGCCUGUUCAUAAAAGGCCAAUAAAAUGCAUUUCUCUGAUGCCUCUUCAAGUGACUCAGUUUAAAAUUAUAUCAAACCAAAGAAACAGCAAAUCCACACAAUUAUCAUAACAUAAAACUGUGAAUGUACCCCUUUUCCUUGAAAGAAUUAUGAUUAUAUUUCUGUCGAAUCACUGAUUGAUGACUAAACUGUUUGUGUCAGUGUGCAGAUGUUGAUUUCAAACGGCUUUGCAUCUCCAUAUAUGUGCGGAAACUAGACUCCUCUUAAAGGCUUUAAGAAACAAAACAACAUUAUACAAUACAACAAUUGAUCAUUGUGCAGCUUUACAUCAGUUGCACUAAUUAAUUGCAGCUAAAGUGUUGCAGGUGCCUUAGCGAAGAAGUGUUUUAACUUCUAUAGGCGAAGUUAAGUGUACACUGAUGCUGUUUUGUAUCAGUGCCAACUGCCAACAAGUACCGGGGUCCCUCCUGGUCUCAGGCGGGAUUCAAACCCUCACCCUGUCCAGAACGGUGAACUCAUGCUUUUGUUUGUUUGACUUUUAGGAUGUAUGUCUCAUACAGUUGCAGUGUUGUAAAUGAAGAUGUUCCUGUCUCUAUGCUAAGCUAUGCUAACCGGCAGCUGGCUGUGGCAGCAUAUCGUCGAGAACGCAAAUAAUAAGCAAAACGUUGUACUAUUCCUGUAAGAUAUGUAGACAACAUGAUGUUUUAGGUUUGGUAUAUCUUCUCUGUGUCCAUUAUUAGAUCAAGUUCCAACAUUGUUUCAAAUAUUAUUAUAACUAAACCAAAGAGACAUCAGGAAAUCACUCAGUGUGCAUGUACAACAUUUUGAUGUAUGGAGAAUGUAAACGUUAUUAUAUGCAGGUUUGUUUUUGCAUGCUGACCCCUGUAAACGUUUCAACAUUCAUUUAUGAGUCUGUUAUUGAAUUAAAUGGUGUUUGUUAAUUUAA